ACUACUGCAAGAAUCAACAGCCACGUUUUAAUGUACACAGUGAACCCAUGGCAGUUAAUAUAGAUCAACUCUUCAUACCAUUCAAACAAUGCCUGCCUGGUUGCAAAGCAACAGAGAACAUUCUCAAUGUUAGUACGAAACUCAAAAAUGGCUUCUAUAAGCAUUUAAAGAUCAUAAGACAUACAUCUUGCAAUCCUUGGAGCCCAUCUACGCAAUCACAAACCGAUAGCAAUUUACUGGCUGUUAUAUUAAACACUUGGAAAUCACAAAGUUUGAAUAAACAUCAAAGGGGAAAUGAUGAAGAUAUCAAACACAUUUUGUUAAAUAAAGGAUUGUUCCUCUACAUCAAAUCACCUAAAAUGAUGUUUGCUGCUUUUGUCCUCUCAAUUGUCCUCAUUUCAAUACUUAUUCUGGACUGCAAUUUGUGUUGUCGUAAAAAAGGAAUAAUGUAUUUGUUGAUGACUUGUGGAAAGAAUAAAGAGUGCGAAGACUGCAUAAGAGGACGUCAAACCAUGAUCGAAAUGGUUUAAUAGAAUGCUGAAAAGACACAAAUCAAAAGAAAUGAAGAAUACAGAGAACCAGACUGAGUCAUCAAUAAAAAUCGAUGCAGACACAGGGAAUGACCCCACAAGAAGACUUGAAUUAGUUGUGACGUGGUCAGCGUAAAUGCAGAAAAAUUAUGGGUACUAGUACAAUUAAAUCUAACAAAAUUAAUAUCAGCGUACUGAUAUUACUAUGUUUUUCCUGGUAUCUCGCAUUUGAAGUAGCUUGUAAAUCUCCGUUUGUCCAUUUUGGGAAUUAUAGACACACCUUGUGUAAUCUGCUACAUGCUUAUUUUUAUUUAUUUCUUCUGGAUAUAUAACAAACUUGAAUUUUCCUGUGGUCAAGAUAGAAAUUAAGGCAAAACAUUCCGCUAUAACAAUAAUAUAUGCCAUCUAAACUUUAUUCGAUAAACUUUGUAUUGGACGAACUUUCUACUGUAAGGAAAUAAACUUUGUAUUGGACGAACUUUCUACUGCAUGGAAAUAAGCUUUGUAUUGGACGAACUUUCUACUGUAAGGAAAUAAACUUUGUAUUGGACGAACUUUCUACUACAUGGAAAUAAGCUUUGUAUUGGACGAACUUUCUACUGUAAGGAAAUAAACUUUGUAUUGGACGAACUUUCUACUGUAUGGAAAUAAACUUUGUAUUGGACGAACUUUCUACU